UGGAAACUGUCGACAACACCGAGUGGGACGUGCUCAUCGUAGGCACUGGCCUGCAGCAGUCUCUUCUCGCUUUGUAUGUAUCUUGCUCGUUGGCGACAGUGGACGCGAUCUGACUGACGCAGCGCGUGAAGAGCUUUGUCGCGCUCGGACAAGAAGAUCCUCCAUGUCGACGAGAAUGACUACUAUGGUGGUGCCGAGGCUGCCUUUAGCUUGCAAGAAGCCGAAGAGUGGGCGCAGCGAAUGACUGGUGAAACAGCGAAUGCUGCUUUCUCCAAUGUCGCAAUUACCAAACCUGAAGUUACUGGCUCAGCGCCCGCACUAUCUUUCUCGAGAGCAUACAGCUUGUCUCUAAGCCCCCAGGUCAUCUACGCGCGCUCCUCGCUACUUGGCUACCUCGUUUCGUCGAGGGUCUAUCGUCAGCUCGAGUUUCUUGCUGUCGGUACCUGGUGGGUAUACACUGCCGAUGCACAGGGCGAAAGCUCGUCAUCGCAUGGAAGAAUGUUGAAGGUGCCCAACGGCCGCGAGGAUGUCUUCCAGGAUCAUGACCUCGACUUCAAAGCCAAGCGCGCAUUAAUGAAGUUCUUGCGCUUCAUCAGCGAGUACGAGGAACAGAUUGAGGUCUGGGAGGCACAUCGUCAGCAGCCCUUUUCGAGCUUCUUGUCGGAGCAGUUCAAGGUUCCGGCCAGUCUGCAAGGACCGCUGAUGGCUUUGACGCUCUCACCCACCGGGGCCGACCGUACGACUACCGAAUACGCAUUACCGAGAAUCGCAAGACAUCUACGUUCGAUCGGAGUAUUCGGUGCUGGUUUUGGGGCUGUCAUACCAAAGUGGGGUGGCUUGUCUGAGAUUAGCCAGGUCUCGUGUCGAGCCUGUGCUGUGGGUGGUGGUGUUUAUGUCCUUGGAAAAGGCGUAACCCCACCCACUGACAGCGCUCCGGAGACAAACGAGAAUGGUACGAAGCUUCGCCUGAAAGAUGGCGAAGUUGUCACCGCGAAGUGGAUCGUAGGAGGAAACUCCUCAUCUGCUUCUGAGGAUACAUACUGCAAGUCGAUGACCAUUGUGUCAUCCCCUUUGUCGCAUCUAUUCCCUCCCAUCGCCGAGGAAGCACCGGCGCCAGCCGCUGCUGUCGUUGUCUUCCCGCCCGGAUCCUUGACGCUGGAAUCGCAAGCUGAAGAGCUUCAGCCAGUUCACGUCUUUGUGCAUUCGAGCGACACCGGCGAAUGUCCUUCUGGUCAAUGUGUACUAUACGCGUCGACAUCAAUGAGCGGCCGAAAUGGGUUUGCCCUACUUCAGAAAGCUGUAGACUCGCUAUUGUCUGCUCAAGACGUCUCGCCAUCUCCUACGAUACUAUGGUCUGUCGAAUACCAGCAGCAAGCGUCAUCCGGAUUGGAGACCCUGCCGCGCGAUACCGAUCAUGUCAUUCGGUUCCCACCUCCGUCUAUGGACCUCGCCUUUGAUGACGCAGUGCUUGACAAUGUCAAAGAGGUGUGGCAGAAGAUUGUAGGCGACGAUGCGGGCGAGUUUCUGGUCUUCCAAGACCGAGAAGUAUAUGAUGAUGACGAGUAAUGACUUGAUCAUGUAACGAAGCAAUGAAUACAAGAUACCACA